AUGCCACAACAAGAAGCCUCGCCAGGCAGAUUGCUCCUGAUAUCCAAUCGACUUCCCAUCACUAUCAAACGUCAAGAGGACGGCCAGUAUGACUUCUCAAUGUCCUCGGGUGGGCUUGUCACCGGCCUCAGCGGUCUCGGCAAGACCACCAGCUUCCUCUGGUACGGGUGGCCAGGACUCGAAGUACCUGACGCCGAGGCUGGUCCAAUGACGGAACAAUUGAAAAAAGAAUAUGGCGCGCACCCCGUCUUCAUCGACGACGACCUUGCCGACCGACACUACAAUGGCUUUGCCAACUCGAUCCUCUGGCCGCUGUUCCACUACCACCCCGGUGAGAUAACCUUCGACGAAAGCGCUUGGGAGGCAUACAAGGAAGUGAACUUGCUAUUCGCGAAGACGGUGGUGAAGGAUGUGCAGGACGGAGAUCUUAUUUGGGUGCACGACUACCACCUCAUGUUGCUUCCCGAAAUGCUACGUAAAGAGUUAGGCGACACCCGAAAGAACAUCAAGAUCGGGUUCUUCCUGCAUACGCCCUUUCCCAGCAGUGAGAUCUACCGCAUUCUUCCAGUGCGCGAGGCUCUGCUGCAUGGUGUGUUGCACUGCGACCUGAUUGGCUUCCACACCUACGACUAUGCACGCCACUUCCUUAGCUCCUGCUCCCGCAUCCUAGAGACGCCGACAACACCCAAUGGCGUCGAGUACAAUGGAAAAUUCGUCACUGUGGGGGCAUUUCCCAUCGGUAUAGACCCCGACAAGUUCGUCGUGGGCCUGAAGAAGCCCAAGGUUCAGGAGCGCAUUGCCGCUCUAUCGCGGAAGUUCGAAGGCGUCAAGCUCAUUGUUGGUGUCGAUCGUCUUGAUUACAUCAAGGGAGUGCCGCAAAAACUUCAUGCUCUUGAGGUUUUCCUCACCGAACACCCAGAAUGGAUUGGCAAGAUCGUCUUGGUGCAAGUAGCGGUCCCUUCGCGCCAGGACGUCGAAGAGUACCAGAAUCUUCGAGCCGUUGUGAAUGAGCUGGUUGGUCGCAUCAACGGCAAGUUCGGCACCAUCGAGUUUAUGCCCAUCCACUUCUUACACCAGAGCGUCGCCUUCGACGAGUUGUGCGCGCUUUAUGCUGUCUCGGACGUGUGUCUCGUCUCGUCGACCCGAGAUGGCAUGAAUCUUGUGUCGUACGAAUACAUAGCUACCCAGCAUAAGCGCCAUGGCGUCAUGAUCCUUUCCGAGUUCACAGGCGCCGCCCAAUCGCUUAACGGCUCUCUCAUCGUCAACCCCUGGAACACGGAAGAGCUUGCCAACGCCAUCCAUGAUGCCGUCACCAUGUCCCCGGAGAUGCGCGAGGCAAACUUCCGCAAGCUGGAGCGAUAUGUGUUCAAGUACACCAGUGCUUGGUGGGGCCAGAGCUUCGUCACGGAAAUGACCAAGGUCUGCGCCGACCAGGGCGAGAAGCACAGCAUGAUUACUAAGAUUGGCAAUCAUGCCAUCGAAGGUGGGCCCGCUGCAGUGUCUCUCGAGCAGAAGCUUAAGCCUUGGGUCGUGGGUGCUCAACAGGUGUACAGACACUAG